CACCUUGAAUUUGUAUAGUCUUAACAACCUGGUUAAGUGAAACUCAAUCCACAACCAAUUCGAAAAUCAAUCUACAAGCCCUAUAGCAAUUUCAAAUUUAUCGUCGUCGUCCGUAGAGACAAAGAUAUACCCAAAUAUACUGACCGCAUCUGGGAUGGUGAUUGUGCAGGGAAUGUUCGAGAUCUCGGAGCUGGCGGCUGGGAGCAUUGGAUGCGUGGGUCUCUAUAUGGCCGGAUGUAAUGCCCUGCCCAUGCAGCAUGUUCCGGAUCUUCCGGCGGCCCUGUUCGUCCUGUCGACGGUGUUUCUCCUGCAUCAUCUUCGAGUGACGAACUGGCCACCGUUGCAGGAACUUUGGCGACUUCUAUUGGAACUGGUGGUCUUCUACAUGGGCACCCAGAUCCUCGUGGUGCUCGUAUGGCAACAGUUCCACAACCUGAUGCUUAUGGUGCGGGAUACGGCUCUCAACACGCGAAUGGCCAUGAAUCUUCUGGAAAGCUACCCCCAACUCGUCAUGUUUAUGCGACACGAUGUGUGCUACUUUUUAAUGCUCAUCGUAUCAUUGGUUUGCACCUACAAAGCUGUAAAAGUAACACAUUCCUUGGAUUAUUUCCUACCGGCGCGCAGGAUUUAUAGGUAUUACACAGAUCAAGCUGAAAACGAGAACUUUGCCGAUGUUGGUAGAACUACCAAAAGGACCUCCCAGCGACGACCAGUCUCCAAGGGUUCCUCACGUCGCUCUCAAUAAUAGGAAAUCAAAUCUCCCGGGCUAAUCAAUAUUUUUUUAGUGCUUAAUCAAUGGUUUAUGGCCAAUCCACAAAAACACAAGGUGAAUGGCAUGCCGGGUGCAGUGCACCCACUCGAAGGCCAGACUCAAGAGCAGUUUACGCUUUCCAACAUAUUUGCAUGCUUGAAAGAGCAGGGCCAACACGUAGACACAAAACCCACAACUUGUUUUCAAAAUUUCCCGCCCCAUUCGAAAAUCGAUUACCGGACAAUCCUAUCGAGAUUGGCCAAUCGCUUUUGUUCCAUCUCUAGCAGAAGAGAUCAUAAAGAAGAAGAAGAGCACUGCGAUCGAACACAAACAAUAAAGAAAUUAAACAAUCA